AAAAGACAGACUUCAAGAGCGCGCGCUGUCUUUGAUCUCAGGGUUGUUUAUUUUUUAACCGGUAGCUUUUACGCGCACGUGAGCUCUGUGAUGGUCCGUAACAAACCGGACGCGAGUACCAGCAGGGAGGGGUUCAAACACGCACACACGCACGCACGCACGAGCCUGAACGCACGUGUGUGUGUGUGUGUGUGUGUGAGACCGUCGGAUGAGGCAGUGUUUGUUCUAGCACGUGUGUGAGUUUUAGUGUUAACCAAUGCGGAAGUGAAAUUUGUUUCAGUUUGUUUAUUUUUUUUUAUUUUGUGAUGACGUGUGUGAGCUGUUGCACGCUCGUGCGUGUUUGUUGCUGCCUCCUCCUCCUCUUCCUCCUCCUCCUGUUUUUCCCUUUAUUGGGUCUUGCGGCCGGCAGCGUGGAGCAUGAUGGGGUCUGUCCCAACUUUCUGAACCCUCACCUGUGGGUGGACGCGCAGAGCACGUGCGAGAGGGAGUGCAGCACCGACCAGGACUGCGCUAUCUUUGAAAAAUGUUGCACAAAUGUGUGUGGUCUGCUCAGCUGUGUGGCGUCUCGUUUCUCAGAUGAUUCCUCUCUGUCCCUUGCUGCCCCUGAUGGACAAGCAGGUACAAAUGUGUCUAGUGUGGGCGCAGCCAGCUGUGACGGCUUCGUGUGCAGCCAGCAGGGGGCGGAGUGUGUGAUGUGGGUGGGCCAGCCGGUGUGUAAGUGUCAGGAUCGUUGUGAGAGCGAGCCCAGCUUCACCUGUGCCUCCGACGGUUUGACAUACUUCAACCGGUGUUACAUGGAUGCCGAGGCAUGUGUUCAGGGUGUGACACUCACCGUGGUUACCUGCCGAUAUCACCUGUUUGCAAGCCCCACCCCAUCAGACACCACAGUCCCACCCACACCCACUUCCUCUGCCCCUUUCCCUCCUACGCUCUACUCCAACCCCCAGCACCGGAUAGUUUACCUGGGUGGAACUGUCAGCUUCCACUGUGAUGUUACAGGACAUCCCAAGCCGGACAUCACCUGGGAAAAACAAUCAGAGCGUCAGAUUAUGCGGCCGGAUCAGAUGUUCGGGAAUGUUGUAAUCACAAACAUUGGACAGCUGGUGGUGUACAAUGCUCAGGUGUUUGACACAGGAAUAUACACAUGUGUUGCUCGCAAUUCAGUCGGCAUUCUGCGUGCUGACUAUCCUCUUUCAGUCGUCCGGCAGGAUGAACGCGAUGCCUUUGAAGACACGGAAGUAGGGACAGACGCUCCUGAUCGGCCAUUUUCUGCAUCGGACUGCUCGGUGAGUGUAGAGCAGGGGGAGUGCGGUGAGAGCCGUGUGGAUUGGCAUUACAAUGCCGUACUUGGCUCCUGCCAGCCCUUCACACAGGGAGGGUGUCUGCGUGGGAGGAACAGAUUCGAGACGUAUGAGGAGUGUCGAACAUCCUGCGAGAGGGAGGAGGUGGCCCUGUGCAACCUUCCAGCAGUCCAAGGCCCCUGCAGGAACUGGGAGCCCCGCUGGGCUUACAAUGCUGUUACUAAGCUGUGCCAGGCCUUUGUUUACGGAGGUUGCCGUGGGAACAGCAACAACUUCCGCUCCAGGGUGGAGUGCCAGGCCAGCUGCCCACGUCAGAGCUCACGACCGUGCAGGAGCUGCAGGCCGAAGGGCAGACUGGUGCCGAGUCUGUGCCGUAGCGAUUUCGUGAUCGUUGGCCGAGUCACAGAGCUGAUCGAGGACCUGGACUCGGGAAUCGCCCGCUUUAGUCUAGAGCAGGUACUGUGGGAUGAGAAGAUGGGCCUGAAGCAGUUCAAAGCCCGAUAUCUGGAGGUCACGUUGGUCCGCAUGGAUUGGAGCUGCCCGUGUCCCAACAUUACUGUACAGGAAGAGAGCCCCCUGCUGGUGAUGGGGGAAGUGCAGGAAGGCAUGGCCAUGGUACUGCCUGACAGCUACGUGAGGCCCACCUCGGACCGCAGGGUGAAGAAAAUUCAGGAUGUUCUGGCCAAAAAGACCUGUGAGAUGCUGCAGAGGUUUCAGGACUGAUCUUGUGUGUGUUGAACUUUAUAAACCCUUUAGUGGACCUUUAGAUCUACUGUCAAUGUUUUACGUUUCUGAAAUGAGAUUUAGGAAAUGAUGUACUGAAUCAUUAUUCCAGAAAUCUAACUGAUGUUCUAUGUGAAGGACAGCACGAAGGACAACAUGGAGGACAUCUGGCAUAAAAAACACUGUACAGAUCUUUAUUUUAACAUGAACAUGUUCAUAGGCAGACAAAUAGCAAGUGUGUGUGUGUGUGUGUGUGUGUGUGUUCAGUCCAGAAUCAUUAGAUUGGUUGUUUUUGAGGAGUGUUAUACAUUAGAAUUUAGGUAGUGUUUCUCUGAUUUUCUCAUCGUUAUGUGUUUAUGUUUUUAUAACAAUAAAAACACGAACAGUAACUCCAGCAGGUGGAGAGUCACACACUCAGUACCACAGCAGUGCAUGUGAGGAACAUGAGGAACAUGAUGAACAUCUAACUAUUAUAAAGUCACAUAUAUGUUUAGUGUUUUAAAUCUUUAAUAUGAGAUGUAGUACAUGCCCCUGUGUUUACACAAGCAAGUGACAACUGUAGCAGUCAGUACACACCCAAAAAAUUGAGAACAGUGUUGGUCAGUACACACCCAAAAGUGAGAACUGUAGCGGUCAUUACACACCCGAAAGUGAGAACUGUAGCGGUCAAAAUAUUCAAGUAACACUUGAGAGCCUUGUUAGUGUGCUAAAGUAAAUAUAAAGUUUACAGAGUAAAUAUAGAGUUAACCUGACUUUACCUGAGGCGCUAACACAUGCUUUAUUUUUAAUUAACUGUGUGUGUGUGUGUGUGUGUGUAAAGUCUGAGGUUCAGAGCAGAUGUUGGUUAGGGUGUGAGCUGUAGUGCAGUAAGUUUGGGUGUCAGCUCUGUAACUCAUCAGGUUUCAGUAUGAGAAAGUUCACUUCAGAGAUAAAAGCAUGACGAUUCUGAGUAAAGAAGUGCUGUGCUAAGACUAAACGGAAAUUGCUUCAUGUGAACGUUU